UCUUCUUCGUGGUUGGUGCCGUUGCCUGCGAAGGGAAGUGUCCUCCAUGGUGUCAUUGUAAGUCUUCUGAGGUUGAAUAUCCAGAAACAAGAAAUGUCUGGUUACACACCAGACGAGAAGCUCCGUGUCGAGCAGCUCUCGAAGCUCCGGAGGCAGUGGCUGAAGGACCAGGAGCUCAGCCCAAGGGAGCCCGUGAUACAGGCUAAACCUCCCGGCGCCAUCGCCAAGUUCUGGGCUGGUUUCCUGGAGCCCAAGAGCCUGUGGAGGCUUUACACCUACAAAGCAUACAGAGGUGGAGUUUUCACAUUAACACGCCUGUUGAUACCUGCUUGGCUUGUCCACUACUAUGUGAAAUACCACAUUGCUAAAAGGCCUUAUGGCAUUGUGGAACUGAAACCCAAGCUGUUCCCUGGUGACACCAUUCUGGAGACGGGCGAAGUUGUUCCAGGUCUCCCAGAGAGUCAUGGUCAUCACUGAAGUUGAAAUAUUUAGAUUGAUUUUCUGUUGUAAAAACUGUGUAUAUGACAAUAAAAUAUUACAAAAUCA